AUGCUGGGGGGAGGUGUGCUGGGGGCCCCCCCACGUAAAACUGCAGGGGGCCCCCUGACGGUAGCAGAUUUGUUAGAGGGUGUUCAACGAGCAACCGCAGCAACAGCAGCAACAGCAACAGGUGCAGCAGCAACAGCAGCAGCAGCAGCAACAACAGCAACAGCCCUUUCCCUCCCGCGCAUCACAGAGUCCCCCCCAUCGCCUUCUGCAGCAGCAGCAGCAGCAGCAGCAGAUGUUGAUGCUUUGAGUUGUUCGCUGGCGCUGCCGCCGCCUUCUCCAUGCGGGCCCCCCGCUUUGCAGCAGCAGCAGCAGCAGCAGCAGCAGCAGCAGCAGGGCCCCGUAAGGAGACUGAUGAUAGAGAAGGUGGUGCUAGAAAACUUUAAGAGUUACAACAAGAAAAGAGUCAUUGGGCCCUUCCACAAACAAAUACGAUUGAAGAAGGUUACUGAGCUUAUUCAUAAUUCUGCUGCUGCUUCUGCUGCUGCAGCAGCAGCAGCAGCAGCAGAAGCAGCAGAAGCAGAAGGGGAAGAGGGGGAAGCAAGACCGAAAAAGAAACAUGCAGCAGAAGCAGCACAAGAGCAGCAGCAGCUGGCAGAGCAGCAGCACCUUAUUGAUAGCGCAAGCGUCUCUGUCUUCUUUCAAGAAAUCAUUGACCCUGACCCUGAGAAAGAAGACUAUGAAGUAGUAGAAGGGUCGCAGUUUGUAAUAAAGCGUCAGCGGCCUGAGGAGACAGGUUUAUUAGAGUAUCUGGAGGACUUAAUCGGCACAAACAUUUACGCAGAACCGAUUGAAAAGGCCCUGCAGACGUUUGAAGAACACUGCCAAAUCUACCAGGAGAAAGCAAAUCGGUUGCGUUCAGCUGCUGCGGAGAUGAAGAGGCUGCAGGGGCCUCGCGAGGAGGCUCUCGCAGCUUUAAGACAAAACAGAGAUGCUGCAGCAGCUAAAGUCACUCUUGCUGCUAUCUACAGGAGGAUGGAAGACGAAACGAGUGCUCAAACAGAUGAGCUAAAGGGGGUGGAGUCGGAGCGAGCAAAGGCGGAGAGGGAGCUACAGAAAUUAGUUGUUAAAGAUGAAGAGCUGCGGGUUGAGGUUGGGGGUGAGGUGUCGAGGCUGAAGGAGAAGCAGCAGCAGCUGCAGCAGCUAGAGAAGAAGCAGCAGCAGCAGCAGCAGCAGCUACAGCAGCUAGAGCAAUCGAUGCAGCAAAGAGAUGCAGCAGAAGAAGCAAAAGAAAUCAAAAAGGCAGAACAACAAGUAGAAGAGGCGAAAGAAGCAGUAGACCAGUACCAACUAUCCAUCAAGGAGGAGGUGCAGCAGCUGUGUGCUGCAGCAGCAGCAGCAGAGAAGCUGCUGCUGCAGCAGCAGCAGCAGCUCGACAAGCACCUGACGGAGGCAUCAAAGACAACUGCGGCUUUGGAGCUGGCGGAGUUAGAGAGACAGGAGAAGCGCUGCAGCAGCCGCCUGAUGUCAGUCCUCGAGCAGCAAAAGAGACAGGGAAAGCUGCGGGGUCUCCUCGACAGAUUGGGGCAGCUCGGCAGCAUUGAUAAGAAGUAUGAAAAGGCUUUUCUUGCUGCUUCGGGGGGGUUUAGCGCUUUCUUUGUUGUUGAAGACUCCUCUGAUGCUACGGAGUUGUUUAACCUGCUUCGUUCUCAAGAUUUAGGAAGGUGCAAUGUCUUAGCAUUACGUGUCCUCGAGCGAGACCUGCAGAAGCGGCUAGAGGAGGCUGAUGCGGAGGCGAAGAGGUGCGGAGACACCUCAGCACCGCGACUGCUUGAUUUGCUGCAGUUUGCUGAGCCUCGCCUUCGUAUUGCGUUCUUUAAAGCUGUGGGGCUGCUGAUCGGCGAGGAGGGAGAAGGGUCCAGCGUGGUGACACUCGACGGGGGUUUGAUUGAAGUGGAUGGGAGAAUGGUUGGCGGGGGUUUAGGAGGCGGCAGCUGCAGCAUCCGCACUGAUGGUUUUGCUGCUGCUGAGGGUUUGCAUGCAAUCCCUAAGACUGAAGCAGAGCAGCAGCAGCAGCAGAAGCAGCAGCAGAUGCAACAGCAGCAGCUGCAGCAGCUCCAGCAAACCAUCAAGCAACUGCAACACAGCAUUGGCGAGCACAAACGGAGGCGAGAUGAAAUGAUGGUUACUGAGAGACACCUGGAGAGACAGCGCGCGGAAGCAGAGUCUGCUGUAGAACUGCUGCAGCAAGACAUUGCAGCGGCAAAGCUUCAGAGGCGGGAGUUGGAGACGCGGCUGAAGAGGGCGAUGGAAGAAGAUUUAACAGCCGAAGAGAAAAACCGCCUAACCAAAUUGCAAGCAGAGGUGGCUUCACUCAGUGCCGCACAAGCUUCGCUACACUCCAAGGUGCUGCAGCAAGAGCAGCAAGUGCAGCAGCUGACGCAGCAGGUGCAGAACGCAGGAGGAGAAGAAAUGCAGAAAAGGAGAGCGCAGCUCCUUAAGGCAGAGCGAAAUUUAAAUCUGUUGAAGGAUAAAAAAACAAAAGAAAGAAAUGCUGUGGCUAUCAAACAAGCAGAAGUGCAGCGCACAACUAAAGACAUCAGCAGACUACAAAGAGAAAUCAAAUCUCAUGAAGAGCGAUCAGAAGAGCUGCAGCAGCAGCUCGGUGGAUUGGAGAAGGAAGCAGCAGAAACCCUAAAACAACUUGAGGACGCCACCCAGAAGAAGCAGCAGCUGCAGCAGCAGCUGCAGCAACUGCAGCAGCAGCAGCAGCAAACCGAAAAGGACCUCAAGGAGACAAGUCUAGCAUCUUUGGAGACGCAGCACUUAUAUGACUCCCUGAAGCAGCAGCUGCAGCAGCAGGAGCAGCAGCAGCAGCAGCAGCAGAGACAGCUGACUGCAACAAUGGAGGCCCUCAUAGAGAUCGAUACGACAAUACGAGCGGAGGAAGAGGAAGCAAAAGACCUUGAGCAGCAGCAGCAGCAACAGCAGCAGCAGCAGCAGCAGCAGCAGCAGACCUUGGCCCUAACGGAUGGUUCGAUGGAAGUGGAUUCAGAGCAGCCGCAGCCGCAGCAGCAGCAGCAGCAGCAACAGCAGCAGCAACAGUUGCUUGAGCGUCUGUCGCUAGACUUGAGUGAGGAGGCGCUCAGCAGUUAUACCCAAGAAGAUAUUCACAAGCUGCAGCAGCAGCAGCAGCAGCAGCAAGAGCAGCAGGGAUCGCUGCAUGCGCUGCAGCUAUACAGGGAGAAGAGGCGAGAAACAGCAGCAAAAGAAGCAGACACAAAAGCAGCAGCAGCAGCAAGAGAAGCAGCAAAAACCCAACUAGAGCAUCUACGGUGUACACGCAGAAAUGCAUUUCUAGAGGCAUUUGCGAUUAUAUCAGCGAAACUAAAAGAAACAUACAGGAUGCUGAGUCAGGGAGGCGAUGCGGAGCUGGAGUUGAUCGAUCCCGCCGAUCCCUUUGCUGAAGGCAUUCUUCUUUCUGUUAGACCCCCUAAAAAGAGCUGGAGACAAAUUCAAAACCUCUCAGGUCUUAAACCCUAA